AUGAAAGGAAAAAAUAAAAAAAAAGAAAUUUUUGAAAAGAAGAAAAAAGAAAACAAGAAAUUUUUAGAUUUUAUAAAGGCAAAUCAAAAAUAUGAGAAAUUUCAAAAGGCAAUUUUAAAUAAUAAAAGUCAAAAGAUAAAUAAAAAAGUUCACAAUAUUAAACUGAGAAAUAAAACUAAUUUAUCAGUUUUCAAAACUUAUGAUAUAAUAGAAAAAAGCACAUUUUACAAAGCUUAUGACUUUAUUGUUGAAAAAGGAUUAAAUGAUGAAAUUAAAAAUUUGUUUUAUGAUUCUUAUAUAUUAUAUUGUAAUUUUGAUUUAUCAUCAAGCUAUAAUCUAGGAAAGUAUUACAAUUUUUCAAUAGAUUUAACUCACUCCUAUUACUCAGAUGUAAUACUAUUUGUUUAUGAAAAUAGUGAAAAAUGGAAAAAAUUUAUUUUAGAAAAUAAAAUAAAAAAAAUUAAAAAAGUUAUGACAUUUGAUAAAUUCGAAUCUGUUUAUUAUAAAGAGGAUUUAUUAAAUGAAAUUACAAAUAGAUACGAUUUAUAUAUAUUUGAUUCAUGCAUAAGAACAAAAAAAUAUACUCAUUUAAUUUCAAAAAUUAAGAAAAAUAACAAAACAUUUACAACUUUGCAAUUAAACGAAGAGACUUUUGUUGAAAAUAUUAAUAAAGUUAUUAGAAAAACUUACACAGACUUAAAUAAAGGAUCUACUCAUUCUGUACCUAUUGGAUAUCUUAGCAUAGGAAAAGAAAAAUUAUACGACAACAUAAAAGAAGUAGCAAAAUUUAUGCUCCCAUUUUAUGAACAGAAAAAAGUUUCUGUUGUUUCUAUAAAUUUAAGAUAUAUAAAUAUGACUAUACCUUUAUAUAUUCAUGCUUUAAAAUAUGAAACAAACUCAGAGAGCAAUUAA